CUCUCAAGCGCGGCCCGAGGGGUGCAGAAGGCUGCGGCCUGACGGGUCAGCUCGGAACAGAUUUGCAACCGUGGAUACCAUAACCAUCUGAACAGCCUGGCAUUUUAUGGUCUUUGAGAUCAGACUUUUGCUUUGAAGAUGGUGAAGAUAUUCUUAUUGCUGGGUAUUCUAAAUCUUGCUACUCUGUUGAGCUGCGAUCACCAUACUGAGACAGGCUAUUCAAGCAAACCAUUUCCUUGGAAUAAAGUGAGGCUUCCCAAGCAUGUUGUUCCAAUUCAUUAUGACCUUCUUAUUCACCCAAAUCUGACCACUCUUACUUUUACUGGAUUUGCCAAAAUAGAGAUUACAGUACUUCAACAAACCAGUUCAAUCAUCCUGCAUAGCAAAUAUCUCCAUAUCUCCAAAGCAACCAUCCAAGGAGAAAUGGGAGGCAUUCAUGCUGAACAAGGAGUGACGGUUUCAGAAUAUCCACCAUUUGAACAGAUUGCACUUCUUACUGAUGAACCACUGCAAGUUGGAAAGAACUAUUCUAUUGUUACUGAAUAUUCUGCUAAUUUGUCAGACAGUUUCCAUGGCUUCUAUAAAAGUACAUACAGAACUCCAGAAGGAGAAGUAAGGGUGCUUGCAUUAACACAGUUUGAACCAACAGCCGCACGAAUGGCCUUCCCUUGCUUUGAUGAACCUGCAUUCAAGGCUAGAUUUUCUGUUAAGAUCAGAAGAGAACCAAAACAUCAUGCAUUAUCUAACAUGCCUUUAGUGAAAUCGGUAAACAUCAUGGAAUGGCUCAUUGAAGAUGAGUUUGAGACUAGCGUAAAGAUGAGCACCUAUCUAGUAGCCUUCAUGGUUUCAGAUUUCAAAUCGGUCACAAAGAUGACCACCCGUGGAAUUAAGGUUUCAGUAUAUACUGUUCCAUACAAGAUCAAGCAAGCAGACUAUGCCUUGGAUUCAGCAGUGAAACUACUAGACUUCUAUGAGGGAUAUUUUAGCAUUCCAUAUCCUUUGCCUAAACAAGACUUAGCUGCUAUUCCUGAUUUUCAGUCUGGAGCAAUGGAGAAUUGGGGACUGACUACAUACAGGGAAAGUGGCUUGUUAUAUGAUCCUGAAAAAUCAUCAGCAUCAUCUAGACUUAUGAUUACUAUGUUUAUAGCCCAUGAACUUGCUCACCAAUGGUUUGGAAACCUGGUCACCAUGGAGUGGUGGAAUGAUCUUUGGCUGAAUGAAGGAUUUGCAAAGUUUAUGGAGUAUGUGUCGGUAAACAUUACCCAUCCAGAUCUGGGAGUUGAAGAUUAUUUUUUAGACAAGUAUUUUGAUGCCAUGGAGGUGGAUGCAUUGAAUUCCUCACACCCUAUAACUACUGCUGUUGAAGAUCCAGCUCAGAUUCUAGAAAUGUUUGAUGAGGUUUCCUAUGAUAAGGGAUCUUGCAUUCUUAAUAUGCUAAGGGACUAUCUCGGCUCAAAGGUGUUUGAAGCUGGCAUUGUAAAAUAUUUGCAACGAUUUAGCUAUCAAAAUACACAAAGUGAAGAUCUGUGGAACAGCCUGUCAGAAAUUUGUCCUGCAAGUAGCACCGAUGAAAGUCAAGCAGAAGAUGGGGCAUGUGCCAGAAGCCAGGAGACAAUCUCAGCUUCACACUGGAGCAAGAGUGCACUCCAUGAUGUAAAGACAAUGAUGAACACUUGGACACUGCAAAAAGGAUUCCCAUUAGUAACUGUGACAGUGAGAGAGAAAAACAUUCAUCUCCAGCAAGAACAUUACAUGAAGGGCUCUCAGAUUUCUCCACCAACAGGGUACCUAUGGCACAUUCCACUAACGUACAUUACCAGUAAAUCUGACAUUGUUCAAAGGUUUUUGCUGAGAACCAAAACAGAUAGCGUUGUCCUCCCAGAAGAAGUGGAAUGGAUAAAAUUCAAUGUGGGAAUGAAUGGUUAUUAUAUUGUGCACUAUGGAGAUGAUGGCUGGGAUGCACUGAUCCACCUUUUAAAAGCAAACCAUAAUGCAAUUAGCAGCAGUGACAGAGCCAGCCUUAUCAACAGUGUAUUCCAGCUGGUGAGUGCUGAAAAGCUGUGCAUUACCAAAGCUCUUGAUUUAACUUUAUACCUAAGACAUGAAUCUAAAGUUAAACCUGUAUCUCAAGGAUUGAGUGAACUGGUUCCUAUAUACAAGCUGCUGGAGAAAAGGGAUAUGAGUGACACAGCAGAUCAAUUAAAGGGAUAUUUAGUAAAUCUCUUUAAAAACAUAAUUGACAAACAAUCUUGGACCGACGAAGGCUCCAUGGCUGAGCGAAUACUUCGCAGUACCCUUCUCAUAUUUGCUUGUGUGCGCAAAUACCAGCCAUGUGUGGACAAAGCAACAGAGUAUUUUAUGAAGUGGAAGGACUCUGAUGGAACUCUACAUUUGCCCAAUGAUAUUAAACUAGCAGUAUAUGCUGUUGGCGCACAGACUGAUGAAGGCUGGGACUUCCUUUUUAGCAAAUAUCAGCUACCAAAGUUCAGCACUGAAAAAGGCCAGAUUGAAAUGGUCCUUUCCCUGAGUCACAAUAAGGAAAAGCUUCAGUGGAUAAUGGAUCAAGCAUUGCAAGGUGACAUUAUAAAGACUCAAAAUCUUCCCCAUAUUGUUGUGGCUGUUGGAAGAAAUCCUGAUGGUUAUCAAUUGGCUUGGAAGUUCCUGAAGGAGAAAUGGCCAAAACUUGUACAAAAGUUUGAACUCGGCUCACAUUCCAUUGCAAACAUGAUUAUUGGAGUAACAAAUAAGUAUUCUACAAAGGCACAGCUUGAGGAGGUAAAAGACUUCUUCAGCUCUCUUGACAAGAAAAGCUCACAGCUUCGUUCUGUUGAACAAGCAAUAGAAACUAUUGAAGAAAAUAUCAAGUGGAUGCAUAAGAACCUUGGAAAAAUACAGAAGUGGUUACAGAUUAACAGCAAAGUGUGAAAUUGUGUGAACCACCAUUUCUGAAAAAAUAAUGAUUUUGCACUGGAAGACUGCUCCUUUGCCUUAAAAGAGAAAAACCACACCAUUAAUUGCAGUCAAACAAAGAACACUGGAUAAAUAUCAGAAACAAUAAAUAGCCAGUCUAUAAAUUAAAAUUUGAAAUAUGUACAUUUAUCAAGAACAAUGGAAUAGAGUUAAAAGUAUGAGAGUUAGGGCUAAUAUACACAUUAUGCUAUUCUCCCAAUAUUUUUCUUUUUACCCUAACUGCUCUUCUCCAGGCACUAUUUCCCAAUCUCCCUCAGCUGCUCUUAACCCAGAGGGGAAAACAUUAGAUGGGCCAAGUCACAGAUCUGUCCUGUAGCAUGUAGUUUGGCACUUAAAGCAAGUAUAUAUGUAUAGUAAUCAUGUUACAACUACAAAACAAAAGGUGGGUUGCUUUCACAGGUCAAAUACCUAAAGACAGAGCUGCCAUAUCACCUGACAUUUCCUCAAGUACAUUACUUAAGAAGUAAACUGCAUCUGUUAAUCAGCAGUCUUGGAAUUCCUUUGAUCAUUUGACUACAGAUCUGAUCAAGCACAGCCAUCCUGAUUUAACUUUUAGUAGGGUACAUGUUUUUAAAAAGUAUUUUGCACUGUUAUAAGUUCUUGCUCAAAGCUGGUCAGAGCAUGCAGCUUUUAUCUACAAAGUAGUAACAAAUAUUGGGGUUAAAAAUACUGCAGUGGAAGCUGGCACACAGAGGCUUGGGUAUUUACAUGGCCAACUUCCAAAAAGGCCACAAAACCUGUAUUGCACUUUCUGGGUCCCAGAUUCAUGCUUCUAUGGUACACUCAAUAUGAUGUGUAUAUAUCCUGUAUCUGCUGGGUCAGAAAAUACCCCUUAUUCACUUAUUCUUACACUUUCUCUUUUGUAACUGCUUUCCCUUUUCUCGGAUCUUCACAAUGUGCACAACAGCUGCACAAGCUGCUUAUUUUAUUAGUGACAGAGAUGAUGUCUAACGGGCCAGAAUAGAGAAUAAGUUCUGACAAACAGCAAGUGAAGAGAUACUGGAAAAAUAUGCACAUGUGCUAUGACCCACGGCAGGUCUAAUCUCAGUAUAAAUUUUGACACUGCUAAUAAUAAAUG